AUGGAGCCUCUCGCCAUUAUCGGUAUGGCCUCUCGGUUCCCCCAGGAGGGGGACAACAACGAGAACUUUUGGAAGAUGCUCAUGACUGGCCGAUCUGCCAUGACUCCAUUUCCAAAGAACAGAUUUGAUAUGGACGGGCAUUACCACCCGGAUGUUGAACACGGAGGAACAUUUCACGUACAAGGCGGCCAUUUCAUGAAGGGUGAUCCUUCCGAGUUUGAUAAUCAGUUCUUUUCCAUCCCUAAAGGCGAGGUGAUGUCUCUGGAUCCUCAACAGCGCCUGAUGAUGGAGAAUGUCUACCAAGCUCUAGAGAAUGCUGGCAUUCCAUUGGAUCGAGCGGUAGGAUCGAAUACAUCAGUAUUCAGUAGUGGUUUUAAUCAUGACUAUCUUCAGCUGUUGAACAGCGAUCCUGAGAUUAAACUGAAAUAUAAGCCCAUGGGGACCAGUAAUUCUAUCAUAUCCGGCCGUGUCAGCUGGUUCUUCGACUUCAAAGGCCCAAGUCUUACUGUCGACACAGCAUGCUCUAGUUCUAUGGUUGCUUUCCAUUUGGGAGCUCAAAGCUUACGAAAUAACGAAUCUGAAAUGUCCGUCAUCUGCGGUGUUAAUGUAUUCACCUACCCCACAGAUUGGUUUGGCAUGGACCACCACGGAUUCCUCUCUGCCGAUGGCAAGUCUUACAGCUUCGACCACCGUGCGAGCGGAUACUCCAGAGGAGAAGGCGUUGGAACGGUCAUCUUAAAACGCCUUUCCACAGCUCUCCGAGAUGGAGAUACCAUCAGAGCAGUUUGCUUAGCAAGUGGCCUGAAUCAAGAUGGACGAACACCUGGAAUCACGCUACCUAGCGGGCCUGCGCAGGAGCAAAUGAUACGUGAGGUGUACAAACGGGGAGGACUAGACAUUGGAAAAACUGCCUAUGUUGAAGCCCAUGCUACGGGAACUGCAGCCGGAGAUCCUAUAGAAGCACGAGCGAUUGCAAACACCUUUGCUACUGCUGAUAGAGAGUCGCCGCUGAUAGUGGGAGCUGUCAAAUCGGCCAUAGGUCACACAGAAGGAGCUUCCGGCCUGGCUGGUAUCAUCAAAUCUGUGAUGGUCUUGGAAUCAGGAAUGAUUCCUCCGAACGCAAAUUUCGAGAAGGCAAACCCGAAAAUUCCAAUCGACAAAUGGAAAAUCAAACUGCCACUGCAACCUACCCCAUGGCCUGCACCAGGUAUGCGACAGCUUUCGAUCAAUUCUUUUGGGUUCUCAGGUACAAACGGCCACGUUGUUCUUGUUGAUGCUCUUCAUUACUUGGAACAACAAAAGCUGUCUGGAUUUCACAAGACUUUGCCUUAUCCGGAUAUAACUCAGAACGGCCAUACAAAUGGUAAUGGUGUGAGCGAAAGCGCAACGAAUGGCCAUACUCAUACCAACGGUCAUGCUCAGUCCAAUGGCCACGUUGAAGCCAAUGGACAUGCUAAAACAAACGGGCAUACCGACGCCAAUGGCAACUCUACAAUUGCCCGUGUUCCGUUGGUUUUUGCCUUCUCAUCCUUUGAUGAACAAGGUGUCCAAAGAAAUGCCAGUGCCCUGGCUGACUACCUCAAAGAUCUACUUGUAGAUCCUUCAAGCAACGCAAAGAAUUAUUUGAGUGACUUGGCGUAUACCUUGGCAGCAAAGCGUACUACUUUCCAGUGGCGGUCUUACUACCUGUCAAAUAGUUUGGAUGAUCUAGCCCAGAAGCUGGCCACAGAGUCGUCUCUUCUGAAGCCAGUUCGGACAAGAGGAGCUCCUAGCAUUGGAUUCGUCUUUACUGGUCAGGGCGCUCAGUGGUACGCUAUGGGACGUGAGCUUUUGGCGUUUUCCACAUUCAAGGAAAGCCUAGAAAGCGCUUCUCGUUAUAUGCAGGAGCUGGGUAGUCCCUGGUCUCUCUAUGAGGAACUUCUCAAAGAUCAAGCUGAUUCACAAAUCGACAAGCCACAACUGGCUCACCCAUCUUGCACUGCAAUUCAAGUUGCCCUUGUCGACUUACUGUCUUCUUGGAACUUGCGGCCUACACGCGUAGUCGGUCACUCCUCUGGUGAGAUUGCAGCUGCGUACUGUUCCGGAAAGAUCUCCAGGCAGGCAGCUUGGAGAGUGGCUUACUACCGAGGCUACGUUUCUGGCCGAGUUUCAAGCAGUGGAUCAAUGCUUGCAGUUGGUUUGCCAGCUGCCAGUUUGGAUGAGUAUCUUGAAAAGGUCAAUUCUCAACUGCCUGGUGAAUUAACUGUGGCUUGUUACAACAGCCCCAAAAACCACACCAUAUCCGGUGACGCCAUGAAGAUUGACGAGCUGAAAAGGAUACUUGACGAAAAGGAGAUUUUCGCAAGAAAGCUUAAGGUUAAGACUGCGUAUCAUUCAUCGCAUAUGAAAGAUGUGGCAGAUGAAUACUUGCAGCUGCUAGGAGAUAUGGAAAAGCCAGCAGGUGUCCAAUUCACAGCAGACAUGUACUCAAGCGUCACAGGUCAUCGGAUCGAGGGCGAUCUAACAUCGCAGUAUUGGGUUGACAAUCUGGUUUCGCCCGUCCGCUUCACAGAUGCAUUGCUCAAGAUGUCCUCAGAGAGCUCUUCCAAAAACUCGAUGCGAGUCAAUACUAGCAACAGCGCGAUCCAGGAAAUCGUCGAAGUUGGUCCUCAUUCAGCACUUCGUAGCGCCAUCAAAGAAACGCUCACUAGCCAUUUCAAUGAUAAUCAGCUCAUUGGAUAUCACGCAGUUUUAGAUCGCAGCAAUCCGGGUGUUGACACUCUUCUGACGUCUGUUGGAAACUUGUUUGCACGUGGCAGCGCCGUUGAUCUCAGCCUUGUGAAUCAAGCAUCGCCGUCUCAUUCAAGCGAGCAAUCGCCAACAAUGCUCGUUAACUUGCCUCCAUAUGUUUUUAACCAUAGCCAAAGCACAUGGUAUGAGAGUCGGCUGAGUCGCAAUUACCGCUUCCGCAAAUAUCCACGCCAUGAUCUGUUUGGAGCUCCUGUCCCCGAUUGGAAUCCAGAAGAACCGGCUUGGCGCAACUUUAUUCGAAUCUCUGAACAGCCUUGGUUGCGAGACCACGUAGUAAGUCAAAAUCCAUUGUUAGCUGUGGGCUAUAUCAUUAUGGCUAUUGAAACCUCAAAGCAAAUCGCAUCGCCGGACCUUAAGCUGCUCGGGUUCCUACUCAAAGAUAUCUCAAUAAAGAGCGCCCUUAUUAUUCCCGACAACAAAGAAGGAGUCGAAGUCAAGUUUUCAAUGGUUGGCAUGGACGAAUCCAGUCUCGAGAAAUCCAAGUUGUGGAGAAAGUUUACCGUAACAAGCUAUAACGGCAAUGCAGACGACUGGGUAGAGCAUUGCACGGGCUACAUCCAGACUCAAUAUGAAGUCUUGCCUGGCCCAAUCGAUGAGGGGCUUGAAGAAGCUUCAGAAGCCCAGGCCUCCAAGAAGAUGCUCGAGGACAGCAUUUCACGAUGCAACACACCUACAAGCAUCAACUAUGAUAACUUGGAUACGAUCGGGCUGCACUUUGGACCACUGUUUCAGAACUUGUCUGAAGUUGUUGUCAAUAAGGGCCAAGGUGAAGUAUCCUCAUUCAUCACUGUUCCAGACGUCGCCAAAGUGAUGCCGAAGAACUUCGCCCAUCCUCAUAUGAUCCAUCCGUCCACAAUGGAUUCUAUGAUGCAUCUCUUCAUAGCUGGUGUUCUCGAUAUCACUGACAAAACCACGUUGGAGUCUCCUAUGGUUCCUACCUUCAUCAAAGAAGUCCGCGUCUCUGCCAAAAUAGAAAGCACUGCCGGCCACAAGUUCAGAGGAUUCGGAGUCUCAAAGUUGACUGGGUUUCAAAAAUUCCACAGCGACAUCACAAUUUGGGACGAGAAGACGAACGAAGAGAGAAUUGCCGUCAGAGGCUGGUCAGGCAAAUCUUUGGGAUCAGAAAUAUCUACAGCCGAGGCGAAGAAGAUGUGCCACGUUGUAGAGUGGAUGCCAGAUCUCAGCUUGGUAAAGCAGCCUAAGCUCAAGGCAGUGCUUGCCUCCGAUCAAGAGAACGAGGAAUAUCGACGAAAUAUCAGAAAGCUGCAACUAGCGUCAAUCUUGUUUGUAACUCUGGCUUUGGAGGACUUGAAAGACUAUCCGGUCAGCAAGUACGAAGGUCAUUUCAAGAAUUACUACGACUGGUGUGUUAAAGUUCGAGACGACUUGCACAAUAACCUACUACCUCAUCUCGACUUCGACGAAUGGAAUCAGUAUAUGGACAAUGAGCCGCUGCGAGAAAAGCUAUUUGACAGCAUUAUGGAUAGCGCAGAUGGUAGGCUCUUGGUCAGAAUGGGAAGAAAUUUGGCGCCCGUUAUGAAGAAAGAAGUCGAUCCUCUACAGUUGAUGUUUGGUCAAGACAAUAUUCUCGACGAGCUGUACAGGAACAUGGUUGAGUCCGGAAACUUACCCAGCCUUUUGGCAGCCUAUCUUGAAAUCGUCCAUCAUAACAAUGUCAAUCUCAACAUUAUGGAAAUUGGAGCUGGAACCGGUUCCCUCUCCGCCCCAGUAUUGGAGGCUUUAGGACCAUCUGCCUCCAACGAAGAAAGACUGCUCAACGACUCGGCUAUUGCGAAGUACACUUAUACCGACGUAUCAUCAGCAUUCUUUGAGAAGGCUAAAGACAAGUUCAAGAGAUGGAGAAACCUUAUGGAAUUCCGAACAUUCAACAUCGAGUCUGACGCUAUCGAACAAGGAUUUGAACAAGGCACAUACGAUUACAUCUUUGCAGGAAAUGUCAUCCAUGCUACUGCAGAUCUUGAGAAGGUCCUGGCGAAUCUACGGUCGCUACUAAAACCAGGCGGUAAAUUAGUGAUGCACGAAGGUAUCCGACAAGAUCUUCUUUGGCUUCCGCUUUCCUUUGGUCAACUGAAGGGUUGGUGGCUCAGCAUAGAGCCAAACCGCAAAUGGUGCCCGUCUAUAUCUGAGUCUGAGUGGGACUUUGUUCUUAAAAAAGCAGGCUUCACAGGAAUCGCAACCGUGCUCACAGAUCGCGAAGUUGCCGAUAUUCGUGGACAAAGCAUUAUGGUUGCCGAAAAUAACGAGGAUAUUGGAUUGCAAGACGCCAAUAGGAAGAUUCAUAUCAUCUCUUCAGCCGCGACCCAGAACCUAGCAUCCGCUUUACAGUCCAGGAUUACCAAGGACUUUGGGUAUAAAAACUGCUCAAUUACCAGCCUUGCAGGUUUAUCGAACGUUGAGCUCAUCUAUGAUACAUGCAUUUCACUCCUCGACUUGGAAAGCCCUAUUCUUUUGCAGCUUACAGAGGAACGGUACAAUCAACUGAAUCAUAUUAUUGCUACAAGCGACGGUGUUCUUUGGGUUGCAGGAGACUUUGAGAAAGACCCUUCUCAGUAUAUGACUACAGGCCUCAUCAGAUCGGUGAGAUGGGAACGUGAUCUCGAUGCUCCGAAUCUCGUCACUUUGGCGGUAGCGGAACCUCGACCUGAAGACGAUCAGCUUCUCGAAUCGAUUCUUUCCGUAUUCAAGCAUCAAUAUGUCGACAGCAUUGACGAUGAGAGCAAGAAUGCAGAAUACUUUUUGAAAGCCAACCAUGUGCUCACAAAUCGCCUCAUCGAUGCUCAGAGUGUCAAUAGCUACAUCCAUUCCAAUUUCGCCGAGGCAGACCCCAAACAAGCGCCGCUUGGGGAGGCUGGACGACCGAUUAUGCUGGACACUUCUUCGCCAGGAUCACUGAGCGCUCUGCAUUUUGCCACAGAUCCAGUUUGGGCCCGGCCAAUUGCCGAAAACGAAGUCGAGGUGGAAAUCCACGCUGUCGGACUGAAUUUCCGAGAUGUAUUGAUUGCCAUGGGCGAGCACGUCGCAGCUUGUCUCGGAAACGAAGCAGCAGGCUACGUGUCUCGCAUUGGCUCUAAAGUCACCAACGUUCAGGUAGGCGACAGGGUUGUAUACAUGAACGGACUUGUUGAUGGCGGUUGUCUCAAGACAUUCGGAAGACAGGUCGCAGAUGCUGUGGUUAAACUCCCAGAUUCCGUGAGCUUCGAGGACGCUGCCAGUCUCCCGUGUGUGUACUCUACGGCAAUCCAUGGGCUCUAUGAUAUUGCUCGUCUAUCCGAAGGAGAAACCGUUCUCAUUCAUGCUGCAGCUGGUGGCGUUGGACAAGCCGCUAUUCAGCUGGCAAAUCUCGUCGGGGCGGAAAUUUUCGCGACAGUGUCAACUCCCGAGAAGCGAGAUCUUCUCAUCAACGAAUAUGGUGUAAAGAAAGAUCACAUCUUUUCGAGUCGCGAUCUGUCUUUCGUGAAAGGUGUUAUGCGCAUGACGGAUAAUCGCGGCAUAGAUGUUGUUCUCAAUUCGCUCUCUGGCGAUGCCUUGCGCGCUUCCUGGGAUGUCUUGGCUCCAUUUGGACGAUUCAUUGAGAUUGGCAAAAAGGACGCUCAGUCAAACGGAAGAAUUGAUCUUAGCCCAUUGCUGCGUCAAACGGUCAUGGCCAGUGUCGAUUUAACAACCAUCAUGAACUACAGGCCCAAGAAGCUAGGACAACUCAUCACUGAGACAGUGCGACUCUUUGCUGAUGGCAAAGUACGAGUGGCCAAACCCACUAGGGUUAUGGACUACACACAGAUUGAAGAAGCUUUCCGAUCUCUGCAGUCCGGCAAAAGCAUGGGCAAGACUGUUUUCAAGCCUAGCCCAACCGAUAUCGUUCCCAUCAUGCCUGAGAAGCCGUCCCCGCUGCAAUUUGAUGGCAAUGCAUCGUACGUUUUAGCGGGAGGUCUUGGAGGCUUGGGAAGAAGCAUAGCUCGUUGGAUGGUAUCACGCGGAGCAAAGCACCUAAUCUUCAUGUCAAGAUCAGGCGCAGCAAGUGAAUCUGCGCAAGAGCUUGUAAAGGAGUUAGAGGCGACUGGCUGCAGUGUCCAUGUCUUUGCUUGCGAUGUCAGCGAUGAAUCUGCGUUGUCAGCCGUUGUUGACGCAUGCAAGGCUAAGCUUCCUCCAAUCAAGGGCUGUGUUCAAGGAUCUAUGGUCCUCAGGGACGCAAUGUUCGAAAAUAUGACUUACGAAAACUUUGAUGCCGCAUUGAAGCCAAAGGUCCAGGGUUCAUGGAAUCUUCAUAAAUACUUGCCCACGAGCAUGGACUUCUUCCUUCUUCUCUCUUCUACCACAGGAAUUGUGGGCAACCGCAGUCAAUCCAAUUAUGCCGCUGGCAAUACUUAUCAAGAUGCUUUGGCGGCACACAGACGUGCUUUGGGUCUCCCCGCCACCAGUGUUGACUUGGGAAGCAUUCUCUCCGUUGGUUACGUGGCUGAGAACAAGAGCCGCCUCAAGGCCAUCACAAAUAUUACAGUAGUACUCGAAUCCCUUCGCGAAGAUGAGAUCCACUUGAUAUUCGAGUAUCAUCUUGAUCCCAGAAACUCCGCUGCAAGCCAAGCAGUGUCUGGUUUGACGAAUGCUGCGUUAUACAAGCAGCGACGCAUGCCUGUGCCCAGCUAUCUCAACUUCCCUCUGUUCAGGCACCUCCAAAGCGAGACGGUCGCCAAUAGCGAUUCCACUGAAGACGAUCCUAUUCUUUUGGUACCCAUUCAGCUGGCUGCAGCGACAACGGCUGAGGAGGCCACUACCAUUGUCUCCAACGGCAUCCGACUGAAGCUUUCCAAACUUCUCUCAAUGGCGGCCGACGACAUUGACCCUGGUAAAUCGAUUAGCUCAAAUGGAGUCGAUUCAUUGGUCGCCACAGAGUUUAGGACUUGGCUGGCCAAGACCUUGAAAGUGGACAUGCCUAUGUUGGAUAUCAUGGGGACAGGUAGCAUUCACACUAUCAGUGAAAAGGCAGCAGGCUUGAGCAAACUGGUCCAGAUUACAAACAGCAGCUAGCUUUAGCAUAUAUGGUAG